UCUAGCUGGCGUUCCUAUAAAUAAGGACAUUUUGUCGCUGACUAACGUACAAUAUUUGUAUUUAUUGUUUUAAAUUCCUACGGCAACUUUUGUAUACUUUUUAUUUAACUGUUUAAUGGAAAGUCUAUUUCUAUGAACAAAUUGUUUUAAUUCAUAAAUGAGUUUAACGUUCAAACUACAAUGUAUACACUGUUUGAAUAGAUUUUCAAUGGAGCAUUUAUUUAAGUUAGAAUUGUGAUAAAUAAAAAAAUGAAAAUAUUAUUAUUGAUAUUCCUUGGUAGUUUUCAACUUGCAGAUGGUGAGUGUACAUUCCCCUCAGACAUCAGUAACAGCGUCUGGACCACUACCAGUCUCGGGGAUAUCACUUUUGGAACAACCGUGGCCGAGUUCUUAGAAAAAGGUGAAUCAACAUUUUCGAACUGGACAUGCCAUGUGUCGUCCGAAAGUAAAUAUGUCCUGCAGUCCUCGUUUACUGUCACCUCUGCAUCACUGGGAACAGAAAUAUAUACCUAUUACUGCUUUGACUUCCACCAACAAGGAACUGAUUCAUACCUUUACUACCAUCCCACAGCUGAGCUGGGUAUUACUGGUGUCAGAAAACUCCAGCUGGGCACAAAUACUACAACGGUGACAGCCGCAUGUUCUGAAAGUAUCGACACGGCCGAGUAUCAUGUAAUGGUUAAAAAAGCUUCAGCAAGCAGUGUGAAAAAUUACUGUGCGAGCCCUUUACUCGGUAAUUUUCUCUACUCGUGCUCAUCAGGGUCUACAGAUAACGGUACGCUCAAUGUGUGCGACACUUCCUCUCAACAGACGCUUGUUUUCAACCAUACACAAUGUACUCCUUCGGCACCAGUUAUACAUUCUUCCAACGGAGUAUUGAAUUGUGUGGCAAAGACGUCAGCGACAGUUUCAUCCGAGACAGUCUAUUAUCAAACACUGUAUAAUACGGAUUCCGCCGUUAAUGAUUUAACCACAUUUCAGUUUGUUUGUCUUGCAGUAACAGAAGACUCCAACGGUACUGUGAACUUCUCCUAUAAAGAUUCAGUUUGCACUGCUGGUCAGACAUCUACUACAGGUACAACAUUUGAGCCACUAACAUCAACUACGCUCUGUCGUAAGUAUCAACACGCCUGUUCUUAAGCACUAAUCAAGUCAUCAUAUGACCUGUGAUUGUUUCCCCCAACACAAAGGACCCAAGUAUUAAUCAUUAAACAGUAAACACUGUUUAGUCAUCAUUGAACUCUAGAUGCUGUAAUACGUACCUGCUACGUUCUAAAUUUUGACGAUUUGUUUUGACUCUGUCAUUUUAUGUUCAAACAUAUGAUAAAAUUACAUGUGCGUGGCAAAUCUUUUAAUAUAAUACGUUCUGUGUACACAACAGUGAAAGCGUCGAGAGUAAAAUAUUGUAACAAAUUAAGAGAUGAAUAUGUGUACUUGGUGUAAAACAAGGUGAGUGCUUAUCUACCUUUCUCUUUUCAAUGUUUCUAAAUGGCCUAGAAGAUCAAUACAUAAAAAGUGAAAUCGAAGGUAUUGACGUCAGUAUGUUUAAAAUGUUUUGAUUGUGUAUGCUAAUGAUAUUGUUCUUAUUGCAAAUAGUAGAGAUGAACUGCAAAUGGGUUUAAAUGUUCUUUCAGAUUACUGUGAUUGAUGGAAACAUUCCGCGAAUACGUCUAAGACAAAAAUCAUGAUAUUUAGAAAAGGGGGAAGAUUACUGAGAGAUAUGAAUUUUUAUUGUACAGAACACAUUAUUGAUAUUGUUAAUAUAUUUGUAUAUUUACUACAGGCGGAUCUUUUGCAGAAACACAAAAUAUAAUUGCAGGCCAAGCAAUGAAAGCCAUAUUGACAAUGAACUAAUAUCUUUAUAAAUUUGUAAUGUUUCUACUUUCCAUAGCAUAUUACAUUACAUGUGUUAAGAAAUCUGCUCAAAUGAUGUUAUAUAUGGUGAACUCGGUAGAUUAUCUUUCCAGUCAAUGCGUUAUUAUAACAUCAUAAAAUACUGGGUAAAAAUAAUGCAUACAAAUGAGAACAAAUAUGUUAACAAAGUGUAUAAUUUAUUGAAAAAUGAUUGUGAAAAUUACUCAAAUAAAACAAACUGGUGUUCACUAGUAAAAUAUGAUGCAUGGUUUAUGCAAAGUCACGUAAAACAAAGAUUGAACAAUUUGUACAAAACUGGUCAAGUAGGUUAGACAAUUAGAGCAGGGCUAUAUUCUACAGACAUAUGCUACUUUUAAAUUUCAAUCAUCUCUCAAUUGUAUUAGCAUAAAAUGUUUUUGUAAAGAUCUUACUAAGUUAGGAGUUUCUUCUCACAGACUGCAUAUCAAGACUGGUAGAUGGAUUAAGCCAAACAAUACACCUCUAAAUGAAAGCAAAUGCUUUUCUUUUGAUUCUUUAGAAGAUGAAUAUCAUUUUGUAUUGACAUGUUAAGUACACGUAUAUGAUAAUUUAAGAAAACGUUUUAUUCCUAUGUAUUACUAGAAAAGACCAAAUAUGCAAAAAUUUAUUGAAUUGUUAAAUUCUGAAAAUGUUUGCACAAUUAUUUACGUAAGUUAGGGAAUUUUGUGUACAGAGUUUUUGAUUUGAGAAAAGAAAUGCUAUACGCUAUUUUGUAACUCCUGUAAGUGAAAAUAAUGUUAAUGGUUUUUAAUAUUAGAUAUUUUGUUUUUGUUACAGAUGUAUGUAUUUCGUUCUGUAGUCUGUAAAGAUAAAUAAAUUAACUUAAUUAACUUACUAAAUGAACAUAUGUCUGGACACGGUAUACUAUAGAGUUUAACUAAUAUACUAACCUCUCAUUUAUAAUCGUUUUAAUUUGUACUUUCUUUUGGCAAGUUUAAUUCUUUUAUGCAAUGUAUUCUGUUUAAACGUAAAUGUAACAUAAAGCUAUAGCUAACUUUACAGUUUAAUUGUUAUGUUGGUCUUUUGUUUUGUUUCGACAAGAUCAACAUUAAUGUAUAUAUGUGUAUUUGUAACAGCAUACAGCAUUUAACAUAUCUAUCGCUCGUAUGCUUCGACAUUUACCCACUUAGUAUAAAACAGUAAUAUAACAUAUUCAAUAGUCGAAUACGGUCACAUGUAUCCACUAAUAAUUAAACAAGAAUAUAUAUAAAAUAACAAAAUUCUGUAAAAUGUUUAAUAUCCAAACUCUGAGAAGGUCUGUUAAAGCACUGAUUUAUUGUAUUAUCAUGUGUUCUUAAAUGUUUGAUACUUUGUAAAUGACAAUGAUAAAAUGCAAUUUAUUGUAUACCUUCUCCGCUUAACUAUAUCACUAUAUGCAUAUGUCAUACACUGUCCUGUCUUGUUAGUCCGCACGGGCCAAUUUUGAAAAAUAAACUUACCAAACUUAAACUUAUCAUAUUCUUACCAAGUCCGAAAGGAAUACACUAAUCUUGAUGAUUUAACAAUUAACUUUAAAUGGAUGUAAAUUCAGAUUAAAAAGGAGUGUGGAGAAAACAAAUUAGGAAGGGGUGAAGAUUAGUGCCUUUUUGUACGUCGUAUGUGAUGAAAAAAAAGUCACUUAAUUGUUUCUGAAUAUUUUGUGUAAAACUGAUUUCUUUUGUAACUUACAAGGCAGAUCUUGCAAAGAAAAAGGACAUUUUUUGCAUUUUGUUUUCAAGGUGUGAUAAUUAACAUCGCUUUAUACAUACGUUUACCACAAAUUACUCGAACCUCGGACUAACUUCUUCACUUUAUGCUACACUAAAAUCAUAAUGUAAUGACUAUAUACAGCAGUUGAAUAAAAUUAUGUCUUUCUUUCUCAAAGCUUUGUAUCUUCUUGUGCGGAUUAAACCGAAAAGAAUUUAACAUAAGACCUACAUUGUUGUAUUCCAUCCUCAAUAUCGAAAAUCAACCCUUUUAUACGGGCAUUAAGACUUUGAAAAGCGCUACCCCCAGAUAUGGUAUGCUAUCGCAUAAAUUGUAGCACCAGGUAGCUUGGGUCCUAGAGAUUUAUUAUUUUACAGUGAUACUAGCUGACCCCAACAUUCUGCAGAAAGUACCAGAAAUUCUCUAUACAUGGAAUUUUACUAGAACAAAACAUAUAAAAGAUAAUGUUUUCUAAAAUUGCAACAGCACGUUUAGAUCAUAUUUCGAAAACACUUUAAAGUCCCAUCCCGGAAACACGUGUACAAAGUAUCACUUUAAGGCGAAUAUUUUUGUUAUCUCGAAGUAAAAUGGUCGGUCCUAUAGAAUUCGAGAUACCGAGAUUCAGCUAUAAUAUUUCUUACCGUAACACAUUAUAUUAUAAUGGUAACAUAAUCAAAGACCAAUCUGUUGUAUAUUAAAUUAAAAUUCCAUUCAGUUUAUAUGCAUUCAUCGCGGUAAAGUUAUAAGUAUGGUUAAUACCCUUAUUGUAUCCCAUCAAACCUGUUUUAAAGACGCAGUCCGAAUAAAGGUUGCUACUAUAAAAGCAGCAUUUAAAAGUCGCUGUUGUCCCUUCCUGAUUAACAUAAAUAGCCUAAAUUAUCCUUUUUUAGAAACACUUGAAUGUCAACUAUGACCAAUUUUCAUUUCCCAAGGAUGAUCAUUAUAGACUGGUCUGAUUUUAUUGCCUAUAUGAUAAAUAUCUCUGAAUUGUACGCAAAUUUUACUCUAAUGGAUAUUAUAUUAGUGUAAAUAUGUGCAUGUCAUUUUGCGAUGAAUGUAAAUUCUAUAUGUAUUAUUAAAAUCUGAAGUGUUUUCACUUGUCUAGAUUCAUUAAUUUCAAGUGUUAUCUAGUUUUGCAAGAGACACUUCGUUUGUUUCCUUUUGCAAUAUGAAAUGUUAAUUUUAUACUAAAUGAUGUUAAGUGUUGACUGUUCAGUUAUCCCGCCAAUGAUAGAAUACGGUCUAAUUCCUGAUACAAAAUUAAAUAUUAUUAAAACAACACAUUUAGCAAAGUAAUACAAAUAUAUAAUGUUGUUUUUUUUUUCAUUUCACUUCCUUUUAAUACAUUUUGGAACACAGAAUAUAUGUAAAACUACACAAAUAGUAAAAACAUGUUUUUUUUACCUUUCAGCAAUCACAGAAGAGCCAAGCAGCAGCAGCAGCAGCAGCAGCAGCAACAACAUUGCAUUGAUUGUCGGGCUGGUUGUUGGUCUUCUUGUUCUGUUAUUGGUCAUCGGGAUUCUGAUCUUUUAUUUCUGUUUCUACAAGAAAGAUCCAAAUGCCGGGAAACCUAUUGUAGAAAAUACAAAACCGCGAUUUGAAGAUCCUGACAAGGAUGGCAUAAUAGAAGACUUGGAGCUAGUAGACACUAGUUCUACCCCGGUGACUCGUGACGAGAUCACAUUUGAAGCAAUGAGUCCCAACAUAAUUUCUAAUGGAAAAUGGCCAAAUGGUAAUGCUUUGUCAAUGAGUCCAACGGGUUUUAUUCCAAGUGGUAUGACGAACGGAUCUGCACGCAGGGACUCCGGUAUCGACAUGGCAGAAAGGACAAGCGAUCGACCGAUACCAAGAAUUGGACUAAACCCAACCAAAGAAUCUAUGGUGAUAUUUAAUGGUGAUGAGAAAGUUAUAUCUGGCAAUGAUACUAGAAUAGUACCGAAUGAAAACCCUAAUGCACGGACAUUACAAAUGGAUAAUUCAAUGGCAGGAGGAGGACUGCUAACUCUGCAAGGACUUGAGGACGAAGAGGACGAUGAACUAGGAGAGUUAUCUGCCCGUAGAGAAGAUUUGCCGUAUCCUUCUCUGCCAAGACAAAAAUCAAACCUUAUGCCACCAAUAGAGACAGCAGAUCCAGAGAAAGAAAAGAACGAAAAUUAAAGCAGUAUUGCUGCAACAAUAUAUUAUUUAUCUGUGCGUUAGGACGUGUCAAUUUAUCAGAUCAAUGCCGAUAACGUGUAUGCUCGCCUAAACCAUUUUCAGCUGUUAACUUUGCGUCUGUGAUUUCGACUGUGAUACGGAAUGGUCAAACAUUUUAGCUUGUUUACCAAUCUAAUUUCUUUUUGUGUCAUGUGGUGACAAUGUACAUGGAAUCGGUAUUACUAUUAUUUCAGGUACAUUUUUAUACUUUGGUACUUUUCUAUAAUAACAGAGUUCCGCUUACGCCAGUGGUAGCUAGAGUUCUAUAAUCCCUCAGGAACAGACACAUUAAAAUCGCCGAAUUUGUUAUUGCUUUCGUUGAGCGCUUUCUAUGUCUCCGAAGUUAGUACAUUUGUACUGUUAUUGAUUUGAUUUAUCAGAUCGAAUUAAAUCCAUUUAAGAGAAUUAGAAAAUCAAUGUCUGUUUAUCGCUUUUUCAAUUUUAUGCCGAUGUUUGACAUUCAUUUAUUAUUAUUUAUUAAAUCAGAUCUUAUAUCA